AUCACUUAGUGCAAGUUUUGAUAUGAACAUUCCGCCCACGUUUGGGAAAAUCAUAUAGAAGCUGCACUGCAAAAUAAAGGGGAAAGACAUUAGAUUCUUCGGCAGCUUUUGUGGAAUGUAACUCUAACAUGUUAUUCUACAAUUUAACUGUCUGAGGCAGUUUGUAAAGAUGAGGGUGACCCUAUUGUUAGUCAAUGAACUCCUUCUGAGAUGUUCAUUGUGAAAAGCUGCUUCUUCAAUGAAUUGACGUCACUUUACAACGUGACACCACCCUCAAGUUUAAAAUUCCCUUUAACACAGCAGAAAUCAGCACAAAACUGAUGGAAUGGAAGAAGAAAUUACAGUUAUUACAGAGGAAGAUCACUUCAAGGCUAUGAUUGGCCAACUGGAACGUGAAAUUUGUCACCUGGAACAAAGGUACAAGGAAAAGGAAGAUGUUAAUGUUGCUGCAACAAAAGAGGAUUGUCUAGAACUCAUACAGGACCACUAUCCAUCAACACAUGCUGAACAAAAAUUGAAGCUUCUGAAUGAUAUUAGCCAUUUGGAUGACCAAGUGAAAAAAAACUCUGUUCUGACAAACCUGGAUUUUAAACGUGUUCACAGCAGAAUAAUUAGUACAGAGGUGUCACAGAAACAUCAGUGCAUUACUGUCAUGGGCGAAUGCUGUGGAUUGUCUUUUGUGAUGAAUUUUAAAGAAGAGCUGGGAAAGGAAGAUACAACUCUCAGAGUGAAGGAUCUAGAUGUGGAAAUUGAUAAAGAGGCUUUGGGUAAUCUUGCAUACAUCAUUCCAUGCAUUGAAGAAAAGAAUGAUAUUCAAGCAUUUUUUACGUUCAUCGAGUCAUUUCAAAGUGAGACAGAAAGGAGAAUGAGAGUUUUUGCAGAGCACCAAAAGGAGUUUGAAGGUGUGGUGAGCAUAGCUAGGUCAGGAAACAAUCUACUCUUAAAGAUAAACAAUCAAAAUCCAAGGGAAAAGUGGAGUGUUUUCUGGAAUUUCAAAAUAACAUCACUGUAUAGAGUCAUCCCUCACAUAUAUCUUAAUAUAGAGCAUAAACCAAAGACAGCUGAUGCAGAAGAAGUCACCAAGAAUUUGUCGGACCUGUUUGAGACCAUUCUGAAGGAAUCUGGAAUUCAAGCUGCAUUGAAGACAGUUGUUGAGUGGGUGGUUGACUAAAAGUUGGCCAUCCUAGGACAUAAUCUAUCAACAAGAAAGUUUUGUUUCUAAUGACAGACAAAUGAAGAGUGAAAAGGCAACAAUUUUCAUUUGCUGAAGAGAAGACAUGUAGCAUACCACAUACAUCACCUAGACUUAAUGCAGGUGUGAGUUAUAAAUGUCGGCAUCAAAACACAGAUGAUUGUUUUUUGUUAUUUACUGAUAAGAAUGGUAGGCAAGUGGGACAUGCCUGUGUAAUAAGGUGAUGGACUUGUGCCUGACCUGCUGGCAAACAAGGAGUGGAUUCAGUCCCAGCCAGGGUCAACGAUUUUCUAGAUAAUAACAUUGCCCCAUUCUCAUUUGGCGCAUUAUUCAAGGACGAUUGUCAGUAAGUUGAAAUAAAUGAAUAAAUAUAUGCAAGGAUUGUU